AUGUGUCAAGUCUUGGCUGUGUUAUGCUUUGAAAGGGAAUGUUUUUUUGUAUGAGGGUCAAAGUUUUGGGAAUUGGUCUUUUUAAUUAGAAAAUUUGCAUACCUUUCCUCUCUCUUGACUCAAGCACAGUUUGUCUGAGUUUUUUGGAUGAGGAGCAUUUCACAAGGGUCCAGGUGGCCCUAAAUGUGUAUGAAACAAAACCUUGUCAUGCUCUUUAUUUCCUGAAUAUUUUGGUUCUGACCAAUACAACCUGCAUGUUUUUCCAAAUUCCCAUUGCUAAGUUGUGAUUAAUAUACAAAUCUGCAGGUGAAGUUGGUAAGGAUAGAUUUGCUAUGUUUUUAUUGAAUUUACAAUCCUGUUUCAGCAUACCAUGCCAUAUUUUCCCAAACUUUUGUAUACUAAUUACAGACAAAGUAUACUUUCAGCAUGCCCUAUACUCACUAACCAGGCACUACUGCAGCCACACCAUGUACAAUGUGCACUUACAGAGUAAGAUUUUUUUGACGAGCACCAGAAUGACAGAUAAUGUCUUUUUCCUUAGAAGGCUUACAAUUUCCCUAAGCUAACCUUAUAGCAGCUUGACCUCACCCCACCCCUUCUCAUACUCAUGCUUCUCCCCUGCCCUUACCCCUAUCCAUACUUCUACCCCUACCCUUACUCCUACUCCUAAACCUAUCCUGGCCCCUACUAUACCACUCCUUUUUCUUGCUGCUGGAGCACAGGUCCAUGCUCAGCUGACUUAUUAACUGCCCAGCUAACUUGCCUGCUGAUCAAUAAUCAGCACCAGAUUGUGACAGUGGUGUGCUGUGAGCACCAUUGUUGGUAUGAGAUCAUGACUAUUUUACUGUGAAGUGUGAACUGACACAACUACUGUUUUCCAAUGCUGGCUGAUAAACUCAACAUGAGGACAAUGUGGGCAGCAGGAAUGAUGAGAAGGUGGAUGCAUUCUUCACCAUAUCAAGUGCGUGGCGUGGCCUCACUGGUGCCGGGCGAGCCGACUGGCCCUGCCAUGGUGACAGCUGUGCCAGGGCCGCGCAGCCAGCAGCUGCUGAAGGAGCUCGACCAGAUCCAGGCGUCAGGCAGCGUGCAGUUCUUCGUCGACUACGAGCGCUCGCUGGGCAACUACGUGGUGGACGUCGACGGCAACGUGAUGCUGGACGUCUUCAUGCAGAUCGCCUCGCUCCCCAUUGGCUACAAUCACCCGCGCCUGGUGCAGGCUGCCGCCUCCAAACAGAUGAUGCUGGCGUCCGUGAACCGGCCGGCGCUCGGCUCCUUCCCCGACGCGGAAUGGCCCUUGAAACUGCGGUCGGCUCUGCUUUCGGUGGCACCCAAAGGCAUGCCAAACGUGCAGACAAUGGCUUGUGGAUCGUGCAGUAACGAAAAUGCCUACAAAGCCAUGUUUAUGACUUAUAGGAACAGGCAGCGCGGCAGCACGGACUUGCCACCGGCCGAGGACAUGCAGUCGUGCAUGAUGAACCGAGCGCCGGGCAGCCCGCCACUAUCGGUGCUCUCGUUCACGCACGCCUUCCACGGCCGCACCCUGGGCUCCCUCUCCACCACGCGCUCCAAGCCCUUGCAUAAGGUGGACAUUCCGGCGCUGGACUGGCCGGUGGCGCCGUUCCCUGCCUACCAGUACCCGCUGGAGGAGCAUGAGGCCGAAAACCGGACUGAGGAUGCGCGCUGCCUGCAGCAGGUGGAGGAGGUGGUCGAGCAGUACAACCGGGCCGGCAAGUGGGUGGCCGGCAUGGUGGUGGAGCCCAUACAGGCGGAGGGUGGCGAUAACCACGGCUCGCCCACGUUCUUCCGCGGACUGCAGGCGCUUGCCAAGAAGUCAUUCCUCUGCUUCUCUGACCUGUCGGUCUCGACUCCUCCCUGCCUGGUGGUGUGCUUAAAGGGCUGA